UCGAAGGUAAGAGUGAAGAGAAAGCACCAGAAAGCAAAUACGGGGUUUUCUGAGGUAGCAAGAGAAACAUCAAAUGGGGGGAAUGGAUAGGCAAAUACAGGUCUUUCUGAGGAAGCUGUCAUGGGCUUGCAUCACCGUCGCUUCCUUCACCCUUCUCCUUCUCUUCCUCCAAACCCCUGAAACCUGUGUUCCUCCAGACGCACCCCCCAAGCCUCACCUCCGAUUCCCCAAAUCUUCCUGCGAUUUCUCCCCUCGUGUCUACCUUCCUAUCGACAAGAAGAACAAACGCCUCUGGUCCUCCAGAGAAUGGCUAAAGAAGGUUGAUUCCUAUGUUAAAUUCUUCAAAUCCGUUCAAGAUCUGGGUCUUCUCCAGAAGAAUUCCAGAGCUCUCUGUGUUUCCGCCGGAGCUGGACACGAGGUCAUGGCUCUGACCAAUAUGGGGGUGCUCGAUGUUACCGGAGUCGAAUUGAUCGAAUCGCCGCCACUGAUUAGAGCCGCCGAGAUGGGGAACUACAACUCGAAGGUGGUUCAUAAGUCCCAUAACUUAUUUUCUCUUGAUGAAUAUUAUGAAAUGGAAAAGAUUCAGAAAUGA